CGCACGCCCUGCCUGCAGUGUGAAUGAGGACGAUGCCUGCCGGCCCACGCUGGCGGGGGAUGUAGAAGGCAGCGGCGCCGGCCGCUCCUGGCACCAUGGACGAUGCCACAGUCCUAAGGAAGAAGGGUUAUAUUAUGGGCAUCAAUCUUGGCAAAGGCUCCUACGCAAAAGUCAAAUCUGCCUACUCUGAGCGCCUCAAGUUCAACGUGGCGGUCAAGAUCAUCGACCGCAAGAAAACGCCCACUGACUUUGUAGAGAGAUUCCUUCCGCGGGAGAUGGACAUCCUGGCAACCGUCAACCACCGCUCGAUCAUCAAGACCUACGAGAUCUUCGAGACGUCUGACGGGCGGAUCUACAUCGUCAUGGAGCUUGGCGUCCAGGGCGACCUCCUCGAGUUCAUCAAGUGCCGGGGAGCCCUGCACGAGGACGUGGCGCGCAAGAUGUUCCGCCAGCUCUCCUCGGCCGUCAAGUACUGCCACGACCUGGACGUCGUCCACCGAGACCUCAAGUGCGAGAACCUUCUCCUCGACAAGGACUUCAACAUCAAGCUGUCCGACUUCGGCUUCUCCAAGCGCUGCCUGCGGGACGGCAGCGGCCGCAUCAUCCUCAGCAAGACCUUCUGCGGGUCGGCGGCGUAUGCGGCCCCCGAGGUGCUGCAGGGCAUCCCCUACCAGCCCAAGGUGUACGACAUCUGGAGCCUGGGCGUGAUCCUCUACAUAAUGGUCUGUGGCUCCAUGCCCUACGACGACUCUGACAUCAAGAAGAUGCUGCGCAUCCAGAAGGAGCACCGCGUGGACUUCCCACGCUCCAAGCACCUGACGGGCGAGUGCAAGGACCUCAUCUACCGCAUGCUCCAGCCCGACAUCAACCGACGGCUGCACAUCGACGAGAUCCUCAGCCACUCGUGGCUGCAGCCCCCCAAGCCCAAAGCCAUGUCUUCUGCCUCCUUCAAGAGGGAGGGGGAAGGCAAGUACCGGGCUGAGUACAAGCUGGACACCCGGCCAGGCUCAAAGCCCGACCACCGGCCUGAACACAAGCUGGGGGCCAAAACCCAGCACCGGCUGCUGGUGGUGCCGGAGAACGAGGACAGGAUGGAGGACAGGCUGGCUGAGACCUCCAAGGCCAAAGACCAUCACAUCUCCGGAGCCGAGGUGGGGAAAGCGAGCACCCUGCCGUAAUGAGGGCCAGGGGCAGUGGCGCAAGGUUUGCACCCCCGUAAACUAAGUAGGCAGGUAGGAGCUGAAGAAGGCACAGGGGCAAGGAACAAGUAAAAUUCGUCAAUUAAACCACUAUUUUGAUUAC